GUAAUAGAUAUCUAUCACAAAGGCUUCGGAAAAGUAAUAAAGACUACAUUAAGAUUGCAAACCGAUUUAAAGAUAAUUGGAAACAUUCAAGAAAACUUGUUCCAAAAAUUAGUAAUAUAUGGGAAAUACAUUGUAAUUGGGCUUUAAAAUCCAAGUAUAGAAAAUACCGAAAAAUGAUAGAAAACAAACGAUGUUUGAAGGGAAACUAUUAUUUGAAAGACGAUAGAAGAAAAUAUCAUAUGGCUUCAGGAAAUGAACAACUAAGAUCAUGGUCAUGUUUCAUUGGUUUGAAAGAUGAUGGAAAAGUUUGUAAAAACAAAUUAUGUUCAGUAUGUGGCAUUAUAAGAAAUGGAUAUAAACUUAAGUUUGUGAGUACAGGCAGAGGUACAAGCAGGUUUGGUAAAGGGAUUUAUUUCUCUCGUACCUCAUCAAAAUGUGACGAUUAUAACGGAUCGCCAAAAUAUUUUAAAAGAAUAGGAUAUAAAGUAAUGAUAGUAAAUAGUGUUGUGAUAGGAAAAGGAUAUAAGAUUGCUGCAGAUGAUACGACGCUUACAAGUCCUCCAUAUGGAUUCGAUAGUAUAUUAGGCGAACCUAGUAAGAAUAGAAAGUUAAAAUAUGAUGAAUUAGCUAUAUAUAGAGAAGAAGCUAUACGUCCACAAUAUUUAAUUGUUUAUGUAGCAUAA